GCGUUGCAAGACUUGGUUUUACAAGUCAUGUCCCAAUUUCUUUUAUCAACUUUACAGGAGACAGCUGCACCAUUAUGGAUGGCUCUCCUGGAGUUGGCAAGGCGAUAAACGACUGCCUAUACGCAGAAGAUGACUUCAGAAGGCAUCUUAAGCCAAGUAAAUGCGGACACAGUGAUUUUGAUCCAGUCAUAUGCUGUGGGGAAUCACUUGGGGUUACCACACCUAAAAUUAAGGGAAGAAUGCCUUGAAUACCAAGAGAAAUAUGUCUACCCAUGCUGUCCUGGGCCUACCACUGGUAACAUCAGGGUUGAUGAGUGUACUCAUAAUAUAGAACAGCUAGUCACAGGAGGAGUAGACGCUUAUAGGGGGGAGUUUCCUCAUAUGGCUCUCCUGGGCUAUGGAAAUGAUAAAUUAGAAUGGCUUUGUGGAGGUGUCAUAAUCAGCGAACGAUAUGUGCUAACAGCAGGGCACUGCACGUACAGCUCAUCUCAGUAA